AUGGUUAUGUGGAUCUUUAAGCGCGAUGGGCGCAAAGAGCCGGUCGCUUUUGACAAGGUCACUGCUCGCAUCAACAAACUCUCCUACGGUCUCGACCCCAACUUCGUCGAACCCGCGGAGAUCACCCAGAAGGUCGUCCAGGGUAUCCACGCUGGUAUCACCACCGUCGAGCUUGACAACCUUGCCGCUGAGACCGCCGCGUACCUCACCACCAAACACCCGGACUAUGCGAUCCUCGCUGCGCGUAUCGCCAUCUCCAACCUCCACAAGGAGACUGAAAAGGUCUUCUCCUCGGUCGUCCACAACCUCUACUCAUGGACCAACCCCAAGACCGGCAAGCACUCGCCCAUGAUUGCCGAUGAUGUCUACAAGAUCAUCAUGGACAACAAGGACGUGCUCGACUCGGCCAUCAUCUACAACCGUGACUUUGCCUACAAUUACUUUGGCUUCAAAACCCUCGAGCGGUCCUACCUCCUCCGGGUCAACGGUAAAAUCGUCGAGCGUCCCCAGCACAUGAUCAUGCGUGUCGCUGUCGGUAUCCACGGCGCCAACAUUGACAAGGUUAUCGAGACGUACAACCUCAUGUCGGAGCGGUACUUUACCCACGCCUCCCCCACCCUCUUCAACGCCGGUACCCCCAACCCCCAAAUGUCGUCCUGCUUCCUCGUCGCUAUGCGGGACGACUCGAUCGAGGGUAUCUACGAGACCCUCAAGACCUGCGCGCAGAUCUCCAAGACUGCAGGCGGUAUCGGCCUCCACAUCCACAACAUCCGCGCCAAGGGGUCCUACAUUGCCGGUACCAACGGGUACUCGAACGGUAUCGUCCCUAUGCUGCGUGCGUUCGAUGCUACUGCGCGGUACGUCGACCAGGGCGGAAACAAGCGUCCCGGUGCGUUCGCCAUCUACCUCGAGCCCUGGCACGCGGACGUGUUUGAGUUCCUCGACCUCCGGAAGAACCACGGAAAGGAGGAGGUCCGCGCCCGUGACCUCUUCUACGCCCUCUGGAUCCCCGACCUCUUCAUGAAGCGGGUCGAGUCGGACGGCGACUGGACACUCAUGUGCCCGGCCGAGUGCCCGGGACUGGCGGAUGUCCACUCGGAGAAGUUUGAGGAGCUGUACACGGGGUACGAAAAGGCGGGCAAGGGGCGCAAGACCAUCAAGGCGCAGAAGCUCUGGUUUGCCAUCCUCGAGGCCCAGACCGAGACCGGCGGACCCUUCAUGCUCUACAAGGACGCGGCCAACUCCAAGUCCAACCAGCAGCACCUCGGGACCAUCAAGUCGUCCAACCUUUGCACGGAGAUCAUCGAGUACUCGGCUCCGGACGAGGUCGCCGUCUGCAACUUGGCGUCCCUCGCCCUCCCCGCGUUCGUCGACAUGGAGAAGCGGGUCUAUGACUUUAAGAAGCUCCACGAGAUCACCAAGGUCGUCACCAAGAACCUGGACCAGGUCAUUACGCGCAACUACUACCCCGUCGUCGAGGCGCAAAACUCCAACAUGCGCCACCGGCCCGUCGGCCUCGGUGUCCAGGGUCUUGCGGAUGCCUUUAUGGCGCUCCGCAUGCCCUUCGAGUCGCCCGCGGCUCGGGAGCUCAACAUACAGAUCUUUGAGACCAUCUACCACGCCGCCCUUGAGGCGUCAUGCGAGAUGGCUCGGGAUCUGGGCAAGUACGAGACGUACGAGGGCUCGCCCAUGUCGCAGGGCAAACUCCAGUUUGAUCUUUGGGGCCGUGUCCCCACGGAUCUCUGGGACUGGACUACCCUCCGCGCCCAAAUCAAGGAGCACGGCGUCCGCAACUCCCUCCUCGUCGCUCCUAUGCCUACCGCCUCCACCUCGCAGAUCCUCGGAUGGAACGAGUGCUUUGAGCCGUACACGUCCAUGCUGUACGCUCGGCGCGUGCUGUCUGGCGACUUCCAGGUCGUAUGCCCCUGGCUUCUCCGAGACUUGAUCAACUUGGGUCUCUGGGACGACAACAUGAAGAAUCUCAUCAUCGCCGCCGGCGGUUCUAUCCAGAACAUCCCCUCCAUCCCCGCCGACCUCAAGUCGAUCUACAAGACGGUGUGGGAGAUUAGUCAGAAGGCCGUCAUUGACCUCGCGGCGGACCGUGCUGCCUUUAUCGACCAGAGUCAAUCGCUCAACAUUCACCUCGCCAACCCCUCCUUCUCCCAGCUCACCUCCAUGCACUUUUACGGCUGGAAGCGCGGGCUCAAGACCGGUAUCUACUACCUCCGCACCAAGCCCUCGGCGCAGGCUAUCCAAUUCACCAUUGACGCCUCGACCGCCAAGCAGGCCAAAUCCAACGCUGCUGCCGCCGCUACCGCCUCGGCAUCAGCCAGCGCGGCCAUCGCCCUCCCUGUCCCUGCACCCACGCCCAAUGCCGGAACAUCGGUCAACUCGCUCAUUGCCCCCCUCCGUCAGGUCUCCAUUGCCACUACGGCGCCCAAGGGCCCCGAGGCGGUGCCCGAGUCGGUCAGCAAGCGGGACUCGUCACCCGGUCCGAGCGAGGAGGAGGAGAUGACGUAUGAAGAGGCCAAGCGGAGGGCGGACGAGCGCGCAGAGGCGGCCCUCCAGUGCUCGAUCGAUAACAAGGAUGCGUGCAUGAUGUGCUCGGGAUAG